GAGGAGAGGCGCGGGUUCGAGGAGGUGCCGGCCCGCACCCUCGGUAUCGGCGGGAGGGCAGGAGGCCGCGGACAGGCAGCCGCCCUCGGUACCGGCGGAAGGCAGGCCCGGCGACAGGCAGCCGCCCUCGGUGGCUGUGGCGGGUCCGGUGGCGGCGGGGAGCGCGGCCCCUCCCGGCAGCGCCGCAGCGGUGUCGGCCUUUGCCGUGUGGUGACUCCCGGCAGCUGAUCUCUUCGUCGUUUUCUUUUAAAAUCUUGCCGCUUCGGAGCAGCGAGGUGUGAGGCAGGGCCUUCACCCUCCGAGGCGGGCUGGGUGCUGAGGAGAGGGGUAGCUGAGGGACAUGGCCCGCCCUGUCAGUCUUCCUGCAUCCGACAGGCUGGGGGUUUGUGUAACAGCAGCAGCUACAAAUAUUCAGAGAGACGCUAAUUAAAUUAUUUUUUUUUAGGAUAGGAUCCACCAUGCUUCUGUCCCUUCACGGGCUGUGGUUUGGUUUGUGGGCCAGUGUUGCUUUUUUAAAAUGGAGUUCAGGUGCUUUUCUUCAGAUAGCGAAGAGAGGAGGGAAGAGAAAAUAUAUUAGCAGAAAGAAAGGGAGAUUUGUGAACUGUUGCUUAAAAGCAAGGGGAAUAUUUAAUGAGUUGCCAUGUCUGAAGAUGCUUUGUUGGAAGAGGACAUUUGGGAGUACAAAUCCAUUAGGAAGCAAAAGCACCAAGGUAACUCAGAGAGCAGCUCUACACCAGCAGAGAAAGUAAGUGAUGGCAAGGGCAGGCCAAAAAGAAAGAGAAAUAGAAAUAAUAAAAAAUCAUCCCUAGAAAAAGCUGAUACACCUCAGAAAACUGGGCAGAGAACAAGGCCAAACCAGGAUGUAGACCAAAGCAAAGAUGACAGUGGUGAGCACUCCCAGGAAAGCGUGAGUAGCGUGACGGAACAGAGCUCGCAGAGUGCCAAGCCCCUUCAUGAUGGAUACUGUCCCAGCUGCCAGAUGCCUUUCUCUUUGCUGUUGGUCCAGACACCUCGAUGGCACGUUGCUGAAUGUUUGGAUGCUCCAGGAUCCAUUGAAAAAGAGUGUCCUGAUGGUUUACUGUGCAAUUCCACCAUUCCAUCCCACUACAAGCGCUAUAGCCAUUUUCUACUUGCAGCAAGCAGGGCAGGAGAUUAUGUUGUAGACUCUUCAGUAAACACUUUGGAAGGGAAGACAAUGUAUUGCACUGCUAUAAAGCCCAGCUGUUCCCCAAGUCAUGUAGAGGAAAUGUCACAGAAUGAGAAACCGUGUAAUAAUGUAAAAAAUGUCCCAAAUGAUGACUGUGUGUUGAUGGUACGGAGUUCACCGCAAAUGAAGUCUCUAAAUCUAGUCAGUGAAAGCACAUCCUCUUUUGCAGAUGUUCAAAAGCCUCAACAGACACGUCAGCUUACACAAACCACAGUUAAUAGUUGUGAAUUUGAAUUUUAUGACUUUGCAUCCUCUCAAGAAAGUGGAACAGGAGACGAUGUGUGUAGUCAGAAAGAUACAAGUCAGCUGAGUCUACUCCAGUCAAAAGCUGACUUCAGUGACUGUGAAAUUUCUUAUUCUCCACUGAGUACUUUUGAGGAAAGCGAAGAGGAAAUUGAGGAAGAGGAGAAGAAAGUUGAAAUAUCACAAAAUAAAUUAUUCAAAGUCCAGAACUUUGAAGGUGAAGAAUCUAAUGCUCUGGUGUUUAAAACACUUGAUGGAGUUCUCUUACCGCAGAAGCCUCAGCAUGAGCAUAGCAAAAUAGGAAAUUUCGUAAUUAAAAAACCCAACUGUGAGGAAGUAAAUACAUUGAAGUAUGUAGAUCACAGUGAAAAAACUGUUUCUCAGAGUCAUGUGAAUAGCAAGUCCUGUAAUUCAGCAUGUGUAGACAAUAAGCAUCAGCAAGGGGUGCUAACCAGUGGAUCCUCUUUUCCUUUUAAUUGCGAGGAGGCUAAACAGCCAGGAUUGAUUUCCUCUGCUGCUAAAGCAGGUAACACGGACUCAGAAGAUACUGGUGCUUGUGCUUUGGAUUCUGCAUAUGUAAGUCUUACUGAGACAUCAUCGCUGCUAGUUGGGGAAGGUGCUGGAUCUCUUCUGACACAGAAAAAGAAUGUUUUGAGGGACCCAAGUAACAUUUUGCUUAAUACAGAUAAAAUGACUGCUAGUGCAAUUGAAAAAACACUUUGCUGGGAGAGCUUGCAAUCAGUAGUGGAGAAAGAAGAAAACUGUAAUACAGCUGCUGUUUGCUUUCCCAGCCCCAUCUCUAAAACAGUGUCAUCUCUUUCAAAUGUGAAUUUGAAAUCCAGUCCUGCCAAAGAACUCAAACAAAUGGACAUUGGUGUUUUCUUUGGGUUAAAACCCAAAGUAAAAGAGGAAGGCAAAGGAGAGACUCGUUUGAGUGAGGGAAAGCAGGUAUCGGGUUCAGUAACUCCCAAUGGAAAGAGGGCCAGACAGCAAAAAAGGAAGGCUGAGGGGUCUGUAGAAGAUGUGGAAGCAGUUAUAGAAAAUUCAAGUAAAAACGGAGCCUUUGCAGAAGUGAGUUCUGGUGGCCAACGACGGUGGAGGAAAAAAUUUAAAGAAUUACCUGCUCCAGGUGAAGGAACAGGAAAAAAACACUGCCCUUUCUACAAGAAAAUACCAGGAACUGGUUUUACAGUUGAUGCCUUCCAGUAUGGUGAAAUUGAAGGCUGCACAGCUUAUUUCCUUACUCAUUUUCACUCUGACCACUAUUGUGGGCUGACAAAAAACUUCAUGUUUCCAAUUUACUGUAAUAAGAUAACUGGCAACCUGGUGAAGAGCAAACUUCGAGUCAGAGAGCAGUACGUCCAUGUGCUGCCCAUGGACACAGAGUGUACAGUGAAUGGGAUCAAAGUGGUGUUGCUCGAUGCCAAUCAUUGUCCAGGUGCAACGAUGAUCCUUUUCUAUCUGCCCAGUGGAACUGUUAUUCUGCACACAGGGGACUUCAGGGCAGAUCCUUCUAUGGAGCGCUACCCGGCUUUGGUUGGGCAACAAGUCCAUACCCUUUACCUUGAUACCACAUACUGCAGUCCUGAAUACACUUUUCCUUCUCAACAAGAAGUUAUCCAGUUUGCUGUCAAUACUGCCUUUGAGACCGUGACUUUAAACCCACGUACUCUGGUUGUCUGUGGCACCUAUUCCAUUGGAAAAGAAAAAGUUUUCUUAGCAAUUGCUGAAGUUUUGGGCUCAAAAGCAAGUAUGUCCCGGGAUAAGUACAAAACGUUGCAGUGCUUGGAGUCAGCAGCUGUUAAUUCCCUCAUCAGUGUGGACUGGAAUGGUACUUUGCUUCAUGUUCUUCCCAUGAUGCAAAUUAAUUUUAAGGGCUUGCAAGAUCACUUGAAUAAGUUUUCUGAGAAUUUUGAUCAAGUUCUGGCUUUCAAACCUACUGGGUGGACCUUCUCUGAUUCAUGCCUUUCUCUGCUGGAUAUCAAACCUCAGACAAGAGGAAAGAUCACCAUAUAUGGGAUUCCUUACAGUGAACACAGCAGUUACCUGGAAAUGAAGCGUUUUGUUCAAUGGUUGAAGCCACAGAAAAUCAUCCCCACUGUAAAUGUUGGUGACUGGAGAGCCAGAAGCUUGAUGGAGAAGCAUUUUAGAGACUGGAUGAUUGAGGGCAGUAAUCGUAAAUAAAUAUAAGGAAGAAUGUAUAUUUCAAAGGAGGUUGGCUGGAGUGGGAGUGAGUUUCAUUUAACUCCUUUUUCCACAGAGCUAUCUUUGGGGGAAACCAAGCUGCUAUUCUCCUGAGAGAGCUGAAUUUAAAAAAAAAAAAAAAAAAAAAAAAAAGAGAAAAAGCACCUUGUUUGUUCAUAUACCUACUGCCUAUUUUUUCCCCAUGACUUAGUAACUUUUUUGCAAAUGCGUAUUCCAGGUUGUUUUUGUCUUGCUCCUUUUUACUCAUUCUUAAUUUUCUUCAGAUUAUGGAGAUGCCCAGAUGUAUAAUGCUGGGGGAGAAGCCACCUCCAGGAUAAUCAUUUCUGAAAAGAAGUUACAGUAAUAAAUGAGAUAAUGCUAAGUUUAUGUCACAUGCUGUCAAUUCAGGCUUCAGAGAAGCUUGUGUCAGGAGGCAGAACUGGGUAUUGUGAUUUAAACCUUGUAAACAAAAUUGACUUUGUGAGGAGGGUUGGCCGGGGCUCUUGCAGGGUACAUACUUUGGAGGAUGAUUUUUAUAAAAGACAGUGCUACCCACAUUCCGCUCAAGAUUUUCUGAUACUUUUUUUAAAAAAAUAAAUAAAGAACCUA